UGGACUUUGUUAAAAUUGGAUGAUAGUCCUCGAACCUAGUCGUAAUGGCCUUGCUUUCUUAGCCGCUACUGAAAUGCAGAUUUCUAAAAGACCUUCAUAAAGGUUGUGUUAGGAUUGUAUGAGCGGGAUCGUUGUAAGAUGACACCGCGUUUAACAAACAAGGGGAGAAGACAACACAGCCUUGAGCAGGAAGCGCCACAGGGUUUUGUUAGUGGCUCAGAGUGCACACCGUAGCUGAAAUGGAAAUUGCAGACAAUGGAGAGUCGGUUCUCGCUUUGCGCGUCGAUGUCAACGAAAACGAGAAGUUGUGUAAAAGCUACACAUCGCUGUCAGAUCCUGAAAUAGCUGACGCACCGCCUCGCCUGUUGAAUGAGGACUGCAGUCAAGCGUACACGGUUGAAGAGUCGGCAAAGGAAGGGAAGGGUUAUGUUUAUAUUUCCAGCAAUGGCAGGAAUGUAAACUCGGCCGGUACUGAGUUGCAAGUGGAGAAAAGCAUUAUGCUUGAUUUGGUCCCCGACUGCUCAACCCAGGCAAGCGACAGCUGUGUCAUUUUGGAGCAGUGCGGGGAUGGCAUGCAUAACGGAUUUCCCAAACUGGCCAUGGAUUUUAUUGUGGCCUCCCAAACUAAGGGAGUAGAGGGCUACGGCGCGAUCCCCUCCAGUCCGGUCGCAGAUGCGAGCUCGGAGAGGCUUGGAGGGGGGAACGGUAUGUUACCGCCGGCUCAGGUUACAGGGGCUGUCGAGCUCCGAAAGCGUGCGGGGGAAACCCAGGAUUCCACAGGGGAUCGGUUAAUCGAGGGUCAUUUAAAUUCAGAGCAGAGGCCAAAGUCUGUCGCCCCAGUAUCGGCACUGUCAUGUGUCGGUAAGCAUCAGCUGAACUGCUCUUGCCCUGCCUCACCAGCUGAAGGUAUGAUCAUGUCUAAUGGCGACGCGAACUGUGUCCAAAUCGGUCAUUUUCAGAUACCCAAGGCAAGUGCGGAUUGUACUUAUGGAUAUUUCAGUCUUGCAAAACAGUUGCCUCAAGAUGUGAAACUACCAAACGGUGGGCUGUUGAUUGUAAACAAGGGAACGUUGUGUGACAUUAAGUCAGAUCUUUCUCCCGGUGCCGUCGAGGGCCUUUCCGACGGAGGCAGUCGUGCCUUUAUCCACCACAUCCGCUGUUCUCCAGAGUCAUGUGAAAACUCAAGCCGGGACUCAUGGCAUCUAAGCGCGGAGGCUAUGCCAUCAGAAGUACCUCCAGAUUGCGGCCCAGAAGAUAGCGUUUCAGAGCUUAGUGCUAAGCUGUCGAUGUCCUCUUUGGCUGGACAGACUAGUGACAGUACAGAGACUGGGUCCAGCGUUAGGGAAGAUUUGAGUGAAUCUGGGUUCGCUCUCAGGCCGCAGUCUUUGAGGACUGUCCCCGGUUGCACGGGUUCCCUCAGCUGUGAUGCCACCCCUUUUAGCCCAGACAGCGAGGAUAGGUAUUUUGGGGCAGAAGGGGACAUGGAUGCCAUUCUGGCCUCUAGGAAAUCUUUUGAGGCCUGUCGGAGACAAAGUGCUCCAGACACACUUCCAGACGGACACAGUAUUGACCCUGACUCCUUGUCUGACCAGAGGGUGACAACCAAGAAACACGGCAUUGCUGAGUUUCUCUCAAGGAGUUUGUUUUCAUGGAAGCAGAAUGAGACAAAGACUACCCAGAGUGCUCAAGGCUGGAAGUUGUUUGGAAGAAGAGAAAACCCUCCCAAAGAUUCCAGAACCAUUCACCAGGACUCUGAGGCGAGGGUGGGGCCUGGGACUGAGCCACACCCCCAUCCUCAACCAACAAGACGAAAGAAUCUGGAUUUUGAGCCUUUGUCCACCACUGCCCUUAUUCUGGAGGACAGACCAGCGAACCUGCCUGCCAAAUCUGAGGAGGAAGCACAAAGACACAGACAGGAGUACAAUGAGAUGGUGGCAGGAGCCAAGAGGAGGGAGCUGAAGGAGGCCCAGAGGAAAAAGAGGCAGAUGAAGGAGAGGUACAGGCAUGAAGAGAAUAUUGCCAAUGCCAUGGUCAUCUGGAACACUGAAGUCUUACCCAACUGGGAAAGCAUGCGUAACACUCGCCGUGUGCGUGACCUCUGGUGGCAGGGUGUGCCCCCCAGCGUCCGGGGGAAAGUCUGGAGCCUGGCCAUUGGCAACGAGCUCAACAUCACGCCUGAGCUGUAUGAAAUCUUCCUGUCUAGAGCGAAAGAGAAAUGGAAGAGUUACAGUGAAACAGGAUCAGAGAAUGAGACAGAGGAUUGUGGAGCAUCACAGGCAGACCGAGAGUCAAGUCUGGACCUGAUCAAGUUGGACAUUUCCAGAACUUUCCCCUCGCUUUAUAUCUUUCAGAAGGGUGGGCCGUAUCAUGAUAUAUUGCACAGUGUAUUGGGAGCGUAUACAUGCUAUAGACCAGAUGUAGGCUAUGUCCAGGGCAUGUCCUUUAUUGCAGCAGUGCUCAUUCUGAACUUGGAAGAAGCUGAUGCCUUCAUUACUUUCGCCAACCUCCUCAACAAACCUUGUCAGAUGGCCUUCUUUCGAGUGGACCAUGACCUGAUGCUGAAAUAUUUUGCAGCUUUUGAGGUUUUCUUUGAGGAGAAUUUGCCCAAGUUAUUUCAACAUUUCCAAAGCAGCAGCUUAACCCCUGACCUCUACCUCAUAGAUUGGAUCUUCACGUUGUACAGUAAGUCUUUGCCGUUGGAUGUGGCGUGUCGUGUGUGGGAUGUAUUUUGCCGGGACGGAGAGGAGGCAUUAUUUCGGACAGGGCUGGGAAUUCUGCGGCUCUACCAAGACGUCCUGCUUCAGAUGGACUUUAUCCAUGGAGCUCAGUUCCUCUCCCGCCUUCCAGAAAACACAUCCGCACAAGCACUCUUCACCUGCAUCGCCAACACACAGAUGAUCAGCGGGAACCGCAGGUGGACCCAGGUGUUUACCACUCUGAUGAAAGAUGGAAUCAAAGACACAGAGAAAAACAACAGUCCUGCAUUACGAAGCUAGCAGCUGAGCGCUGAUAUCUUUGUUGUCGCCCUGCGUGAGGUGGCCAGAUCACGGGAGGUUAAUAAACACGGUAGAGGAAGAGCAGUCCUCAUGUACAGAGGGCUAAUCUCUCUCACACCACAGUUAUUUGUAGUCAAAACAAAAUAUAUGUCAUUUUACUG